UGGUCGCGGAGAUGGGGGACGAGGGGAAGAGGAAGAAGGACAAAAAGUCGUCCAAGGACGACAGAGUCACUCUGAAGAAGGAAAUCGGACUUUGGAGCGCGUGCGCGAUCAUCAUCGGGAACAUCAUCGGCUCGGGCAUCUUCGUGUCCCCUAAAGGAGUCCUGGAGCAUGCCGGCUCCGUGGGCCUGUCGCUCAUCGUCUGGGUGUGCGGGGGCGGCAUCUGCGUCCUGGGCUCCAUGUGCUACGCCGAGCUGGGCGUCACCAUACCCAAGUCCGGGGGGGACUACUCCUACGUGACCGAGAUCUUCGGAGGACUCGUCGGCUUCCUGUUGCUGUGGAGCGCCGUGCUCAUCAUGUACCCGACCACUCUGGCCGUCAUCGCCCUCACCUUCGCCAACUACGUGCUGCAGCCCGCCUUCCAGAACUGUCUGCCCCCCUACGCUGCCACACGACUGCUGGCCACCAUCUGCGUGUUGUUCUUAACCUGGGUGAACUGCUCCAGUGUGCGCUGGGCCACAAGGAUCCAGGACGUGUUCACCGUGGGAAAGCUGCUCGCCCUGGGUCUCAUCAUCGUGGUUGGACUGGUUCAAAUCGGCCGAGGCUACUACGACGCUCUGGUGCCCAGCGCGGCCUUCGAGUUCCACCAGGACCCGUCCGUGGGUCAGAUCGCGCUGGCCUUCCUGCAGGCCUCCUUCGCUUACAGCGGCUGGAACUUCCUCAACUACGUGACGGAGGAAAUCGUGAAUCCGCGCACGAACCUGCCGCGGGCCAUCUACAUCUCCAUCCCCUUGGUGACGCUGGUCUACACCAUGACCAACAUCGCUUACUUCUCCUCCAUGACCCCGGAAGAGCUGCUGGCGUCCAACGCCGUGGCGGUGACCUUUGGAGAAAAGCUGCUGGGGAUGUUCUCCUGGAUGAUGCCCAUCUCCGUGGCUCUGUCCACCUUUGGCGGAAUCAACGGAUACCUGUUCACCUCGUCCAGGUUGUGUUUCUCGGGGGCCCGAGAAGGUCACCUGCCUUACCUGCUGGCUAUGAUCCACCUGAAGAACUGCACGCCCAUCCCCGCCCUGCUGGUCUGCUGCUUUGCCACCAUCCUCAUCUUGUGCAUCGGGGAGACGCACAACCUGAUCAACUACGUCUCCUUCAUCAACUACCUGUCCUACGGCGUCACCAUCGCCGGCCUCCUCUACCUCCGCAAGAAGAGACCCAGCCUGGCGCGACCCAUCAAGGUGAACCUGCUGAUCCCGAUCAGCUACAUGGUGUUCUGGGCCGUGCUGCUGUGCUUCAGUCUGUACUCCGAACCCGUAGUCUGCGGUCUGGGGAUGGUCAUCGUGCUGACCGGCGUACCCGUCUACUUCGUGGGCGUUUGGUGGAAGAACAAACCCAAGUGGAUCUUCAGGCUGACAGAGAAAAUCACCUACGUGGGCCAGAAGGCGUGCUACGUCAUGUUCCCUCAGGAGGACCCCGCAGAGGCCGAGCCCCUCACCUCCUCCAAAGCCACGGACUGAGCAGGACAAAGUUUCCAGUUGAAAUAUGCUAUUAAUGAUCUACAUCACACUUCAACACAUCAACACACGGACAAUGUUGUCGUAUCUCCAAGACGUCGCCUUUCCGAGCCAUCACUCCCAAUUUGAUCCGACUUGAAGUCCUGACCUCGGGUCCCAGAGCCAAGUCCUUACAGGAUCAGCUAUGCACUCCGGAGGACUACGAUCACAAGCGUCUUGAUUCGACCUUUUUUUUUAUGCAUUUGGGACUUUGGUACACACUAAAACUCUUUUUUUUUUGGAAAACCUGAGCCAGGGUGAAGACUUGAAAAUGUUGUCCAGCAUGCGGUCUACAGGUCCACCCUCACAUAGCUUGUGCCUUUUCCUUAAAAAAUGACUUUCUCCAGGUUUCCUAUUGGCCGAUGUCGCCUCACAUGGUCACAGCGCCACCUGUGGCCAAUCCGUUUAUUACGUGGACUGGAAUUUUUUUAAAACCUGAGUCCGCCUGGCUCAGGUGCGGU